AUGAGUGGGCAAGUCAAAGUGUCAAAUCGUGAAAUAAAAACCAUCCUUGAAAAAACAAUGAGACCUAUCAAAACGGAUUGGUCAUCCCGGCUAAGUGAUGCUUUAUGCGCAUAUAGGACAGCUUACGCGACCCCUAUCGGUAUGCCCCCAUAUCGAUUAGUUUACGGUAAGGCUUGUCAUCUUCUAGUUGAGUUAGAGCAUCGUGCAUAUUGGGCUAUCAAGAGAUUGAACUUUGAUAUGGUUGCUACAAGUGCUCAUCACUGGCUUCAACUUAAUGAGUUAGAGGAGAUCCGUAAUGGCUCGUAUGAAAAUGCCAGAGUCUAUAAUGAUAGGAUGAAAGUCUCUCAAGAUAAACAUAUCAUUGUGAAAUCUUUUGAACCCCACCAAAAGGUAUGGCUUUUGAAUUCAAGGUUGAAACUAUUUCCAAGCAAGCUACGGUCCCAUUGGAAUGGCACGUAUAUUGUGAACCAUGUGUUCCCUCAUGGCACAGUCGAGAUAAGGGAUCCAAUAAUGUUGGAAUUGGUGUGA